AUGAUAUCUGGAACAUCCACAGGCGGGAUCAUUGCUGCUGGACUAUCAGCACCAUCCUGGCAUCAAGUCUCAACAGAAUUGACAGAAUCAUCUAGAUACAAAUAUUCAGAGUUUAAACCAUUAUUCUCAGCUUCAUCUUUAUUGGAUUUUUAUCAGGAUAAAGCAAAAGGUUUAUUCACCUUGAAUAAUUCAUGGAACAUCUUCAAACCAAAUAUAACAAAAUAUAACAAUGAAGGUCGUCUUUCAAUGUUUAAAGAAUAUUUUGAUGGCAUUCAAUUAGAUCAUGCACUUACUCAAUUGGUUAUCCCUGCAACAUGCAAAGAAGGUAGCUUUACUUACUCGCAUUUAUUUACACACUUUGAUGCACUUGAGGAUGAAUCAAGAAAUGAUACUUUUGUUGAUGCUUUAAUGGCCACAACAGCCGCACCAUAUUUUUUUCCACCCUACAACAUAGAGGCUUAUGGUGAAGCUAUUCGAUACAAUGUUGCCAGUGAAAAAAUUUUUAUGCUUUCUAUGGGCACUGGGAGCUGUAUUCCAGAUCCCUUCAACCCAGACCUACGUUAUGGUGAACUUUUUUGGGCAGAUAAUCUCAAUAGCACAAUGCUCUCUGCACAAGAAGGCGAUAUUAAUCAACAAUGGUAUACUAUUUUGGGAAAUAAAUAUCAGCGAUGGCAAGUUUGGUUUGAAGAACCAUUUAAAUUUGAUGAUAUCAAUAAUAUUUCAACCCUUUUAGAAAUAGGCAAUCAGCACAUAGAAGAACUUGAUGCUUUGGAUGAGAAUCCCUUGAACAAACUGGUAGAGUCUUUUGAGGAGCACGAAUCUAAUGAUUCAAAUGAUGACAACUAUAGAAAAAUCGAAUAA